UCUAAAAACCGCAAAACAAACAAAACACGCCCGGCCGGCGGCCGGCACGGCGAUCGUUCUCAUCGCUCUCUCUCUCUCUCUCAUCUCGAUCUCGAUCUCGAUCUCGAUCUCGAGAUCGCUCUCCCUGGACCUCUCUCGGAUCUCUCUCCCUCGAUCUCUCUCGGAUCUCUCGAAUCUCCUUCAUCUCCCCCGCCGCCGUCGCCACUACCGCCUCAAACUCAAGAGGUCGAUUUUGAUCUAAGAGAGAAAGCCAAGGCCAUUGCCGAGUUCACCUUGAAAUCGCACCAAAGUAUCAAAAUCCGCCCAUGUGAUCUUCAAUUAGAACAAUAGAUGAAAAUGGCUACAGAUUGGUCAACAGCCAUGAAGAUGCUCUAUUCCCAAGAGAUUUGGAGGAUGGCAAUACAUUGGCCCCUAUCUCUUAUCUACUCCUACUUCUGCCUCUUUGCCUCUCAUUUAUUCCCUUUCUUCCUUCACUCGUCUUCAUCGUCCUCUUAUCCUCGAUGCCGCCUCUCUUUGGACCCAGAAUCAGAGAUCAAGCAGCCCAUUUGCAUCGUUACCGGAGCGACAUCAGGCUUGGGCGCGGCUGCGGCCCAAGCUCUCGCUGCUGAGGCCUAUCAUGUUGUUCUUGUUGGUCGUUCAUCUCAGCUGCUAGAUCAGACAAUUCAAGAGAUCAAGCAGAAACACAAGGAUGCCAAACUAAAAGCGUUCCAGGUUGACUUGGCAUCCUUUCCUUCAAUUAUGAAGUUUGAAAGUUCCCUUAAACAAUGGCUUUCAGAGUCAAAUCUGCAUCCUUCAGUACAACUAUUAAUAAACAAUGCUGGAAUAUUUGCAAUAUCAUGUCGAACUACUGCUGAUGGAUACGACCAGAUGAUGCAGACAAAUUACAUGGGUGCAUUUUUUCUCACAAAACUGCUUUUGCCACUACUCAAGAACAGCCCUGUAGCUUCUCGGAUAGUCAAUGUGACAUCUUUUACACAUCGAUCUGUGUUUGAUAUAAAGGUGGAUCAGAAAACUCUAGUUUGCCUGCCAACCGCAGGAAAAUAUCCUUGGGCUCGCAUUUAUGAAUAUUCCAAAUUGUAUUUGCUUCUUUUCUCAUAUGAGCUGCAUCGGCAACUUCAUGCGGUGGAUUCAUCUUCUACCAUCUCUGUCAACUUUGCUGAUCCUGGAGCAGUGGAAACCAGAAUUAUGCGUGAACUUCCCCAGUGUCUUUCUCAGCUGGCUUUUACGAUUCUAAGAUGCUUGUUUCUCCUGCAAUCUCCUGAGGAUGGAGUUCGUUCAAUUGUCGAUGCAGCUCUUGCUCCUCUUGAAGUCUCGGGGAAAUAUUUCUUCGGUGGUAAGGGCAGGACGAUUCAGUCAUCUUCGAUUUCCUACAAUGCAAAGCUUGGAAGGGAUCUAUGGUCUGCUUCUAAUGCCUUGUUUCAAGAGUAUCUGCAAAUGAAGGGUUAAUCAGCUCAGCGACUUAUUUGAAUGAGGAAUUUGUAGGGCAAUGUGGGGAGAGGUUCUAUAAAGUUUUGAUCCGUUCUUAUGCCAAAACUGUUGUAGAUGCAGUAUAGAGAGAAAUAAAUUAGUUCACCCUGUGUAUUAUCUCAGUAAGAGAUCUCAUUUCAAGCCACAAGGAAAUUGCUACCUUGUUAUGGUACCAAGCUAGUUUUGUUCUUUGAGGAGGUAACUGCUGUCUCUUUGUACUAUUUUAGUACUCGCGCCCAGCUUAAUUGAUAGAGAAGGUGUAGCUUUUUGUUCUUUUGCGUAACAAAGGUAGCACUUCAAGUUUAUAUCAAGACACAGAGGCAUGCAACGGAUCGAUAUGAUUUCAGGAAAGGUAGGAAUUGGGGAAAUAUCCUGGAAUGAAAUUUUCGUCGAUGCGUUUCUGA